CGGGACUUCCGUUGUCAAGGCAAAUGUCCGGAGCUGGGGUUUCGUGUGUUGGUGAGUGAAGAGGAGGAGGAGGCUGAAGGCAGCGGCUGCCCGUUCUGUUACACAGUUUGCAUUGAUCGUGUUUGGAGCCACAUAACGAAGAGAAAAUGCCCACCGAAAGCGGAAGCUGGGCAGCAGCGCGGCAGACCAAGCAGAAACGCAAAUCGCACAGUCUGUCCAUCAAGAGGACCAACAGCUCCGAGCAAGAACGCCCGGGCCUCCAGAGGGACAUGCUGGAGGGGCAGGAUUCCAAGCUGCCCUCCUCAGUCCGGAAUACACUCAUGGACCUCUUUGGGCAGAUAGAGAGAGAAUUCGAGAACCUGUAUAUCGAAAACUUGGAACUACGUCGUGAAAUCGAUACGCUGAAUGAGCGCUUGGCAGUAGAAGGACAAGCCAUCGACGGGGCUGAGCUGAGUAAAGGACAAAUGAAAGCAAAAGCCAGCCAUAGUACCAGUCAGCUUUCCCAAAAACUGAAGACCACGUAUAAAGCUUCCACCAGCAAGCGCUCACAUUUUUCCCCAUGCAAGGCAGGCCGGCCUCGCCACUUCAGAGUCAGAAGCUGGGAAAUAUGGGGUGGAGACAACUGGAUUGUUUCAAGUUUUAAGGCUACAACCUCUCGGGCUGUAUGCCAGCUGGUGAAGGAGUACGUCGGACACCGCGAUGGACUGUGGGAUGUCAGCGUGACCCGGACUCAGCCGGUGGUGUUGGGAACAGCUUCUGCCGAUCACACAGCGCUGCUUUGGAGCAUCGAAACUGGAAAAUGCCUUAUGAAGUAUGUCGGCCAUGCUGGAUCAGUAAACUCCAUAAAGUUCCACCCAGCAGAACAGAUUGCUUUGACAGCAUCUGGUGAUCAGACGGCUCACAUCUGGAGGUAUAUGGUGCAGUUACCAGCGCCGCAGCCGACAGCCGACACAAGUAUAUCCGGAGAAGAGGAAGUGGAUUUCUCUGAUAAAGACGAAGCGGAUGUGGAUGGAGACGUUUCCAGCGAAUGUCCAACGGUCCGAGUCGCGUUGACCUCUCUGAAGAGCCACCAGGGGGUAGUCAUAGCGGCAGACUGGCUGGUCGGGGGAAAGCAAGCGGUCACGGCCUCGUGGGACAGAACGGCAAACCUGUACGACGUGGAGACGUCGGAACUCGUUCAUUCUCUCACAGGUCACGACCAGGAAUUAACCCAUUGCUGUACGCAUCCCACCCAGCGCCUGGUGGUGACGUCGUCCCGUGACACAACGUUCCGUCUGUGGGAUUUCAGAGACCCUUCGAUACAUUCUGUGAAUGUCUUCCAGGGCCACACAGAUACCGUGACGUCCGCUGUGUUCACGGUGGGUGACAAUGUUGUCUCGGGCAGCGACGACCGCACGGUGAAGGUUUGGGAUUUAAAAAACAUGAGGUCGCCAAUCGCAACGAUCCGUACCGAUUCCGCGGUGAACAGGAUAAGCGUGUCUGUGGGCCAAAGGAUUAUUGCCCUCCCCCAUGACAACCGACAAGUCCGGUUAUUUGACAUGGCAGGUGUUAGAUUAGCUCGCCUUCCCCGCAGUAACAGACAGGGCCACCGUAGGAUGGUUUCCUGUUCCGUCUGGAGCGAAGAUCACACUACCUGCAAUCUGUUCACCUGCGGCUUUGACCGUCAGGCCAUAGGAUGGAAUAUCAACAUCCCCGCGCUGCUGCAAGAAAAAUAAAGCCGGGGCGGUCCCGCUUCGUGAACAUUUUAAGUUAAAAGCAGGCGGCCGUCUUUACCAGCCUGUCCUUGUUGUGAUAUGCCCCCCCCCAGAGCUGAGUUCUUUGUACACAUUGUUUAUGGAUCCCAACAUUUGCAUGAAGUGUGUGGGGUGAGAACAAAACCAAGACGCCCCUUUUUUUCAGUUUUGGUGAUAAAAUGUUUGAUUUGGGAUCACAUACA